AUGGUAGCUAUCUCCCGGAGGCAAACAAGGCAUAUUUCUCUGGCCGUUAUUUUGUUUGUUGUGGUAUUGGUGAUUUAUGAUGGGAUUAUUCAAUUUCAGCUCAAGCAAGAGUUCAUAUAUUACAAGAAGUACUUCAAACAUAAGAGUUCUGAUAUGUUAAAUGUCUAUGAUCCAUUAAAUAUUAAACAGAUCCCAGCUCAGACUAUUGACAAUCUUUAUAACUAUGCUAUUGCGAACGCUGAAAAAUCAGGUAAGGCAAUUGAUUGGAAGAAAUAUGCAUAUGUGAACUAUGCUACUAAUAUAAACUACCUGUGCAAUACCCUGAUGUUAUUCCAAAACCUUAUAACCUUCGGAACGAAGGCUGAUUUGCUUUUGUUGUUGUCAAGCAGUUUAGUUGAUACCCAGUACGAAAAGUAUCAUGAGGUGCAGUCUAUGUGUAAAAAGCUAUCGCAAAUAGCACCAGACAGGGUAGUUAUUAAGACAGUUGAUAGUCUUAUAAAGCCUGGAGACUUCACCUCAUACAGUGAGAGUUUGACAAAAUUGCUGGUAUUCAAGCAAAAUGAGUAUGAAAGGGUAAUUUAUAUGGAUAGCGAUAGUGUUGUUAAUGAUAACAUGGAUGAGUUGUUCUUCCUACCAGAGCAUAUAACAUUCGCAGCACCAAUAUCUUACUGGCUCUUUUCGGAAGACGAUUUGAAGGAAGCUGCAAAGGAUAUCUCGAAGGAAAAACGGUCUACUAUUGAUCCUUCAUAUCUUAAUGACCUAAAGAGCAGGAUCUCUGCUUCCCAGAGUAUCUACAACAUCCUGCCAAAUCUUCCCCAUUCCAUAUAUUCCAAUUCCAAAAGUGUCAUCGAAGAUGUCAUCAAAUAUUCCUCUUUAAAGUCAAAGUUAUUUGGUUCUUUAUUCAAAAGUAAGAAGAAUGGCGUCAUAUUUGCAAGUAAUAUUAUGGUCAUCAAGCCAUCAAAUAUUUAUUACAUGAUCGAGAAGAGUGUACUGCCGCAUGCCCUGGUUUCUGAGACAGAAUAUGAUAUGGAUGUAAUAAAUGAAAGAAUUUUCAACUUACAGCAGAUAAUUCAUGACCAGUUUCUUUCGUUCAGGGAACAUAAGACUAGAUUUAUACCCAAAAUACUAGUUUUGCCAUACAGCAGAUACAAUAUUCUAUCCGGAUCACUUCUUCGGGAACAGCUACAUCCACAUCUGAAGAAUGAUAUGCUGGGCUACAAAGUUAAUGACAUUACUGGGAAGGAGUCCCAGCCAGACCUCAAAACUAUCGCAUCGAAAGCUAAAUACGUACACUUUAGCGACUAUCCAAUGGGUAAACCAUGGACAUUUGGAUCUGCCGAUGACAUAAAAUGCUCACUAGACGGCGUGGCCGUAAAUCAGGAGAACAAACAGGAGCUCUGUAAGCUAUGGAGUAACGUAUACGAGAAAUAUUUCGAAGAUAAACAGAUAUGCAAUAUCUAA